ACUUGUCAUACACCCUUCCGAUCCGACUCCGAUCAUACUGCGGUACGACUGUCGGACAGGGAAAUGGUACAUAACAUUGAACGCGGUUGUUCACACCUCUCCGACACGCGUCAUGUCAUACUCCGAUCCUACUCCGAUUUUGGUUCCGAUCACGCACCGACACUGCAGUCUAUUUGUUUGUCGGAUGCAGGACGGGUUGUUUCUAGACUAGUUGCUUGUACAAAUUUUUAUUUUUAUUGUGUUUAAACUUCUAUUUUGCUCAAAAUGAGCUCUGUAAAAGCAGAGGAGCUGAUCGAGGAAGUGCGCAAGCAUCCAGUGUUGUACGACCAGUCCACGGAGCUGUACCGGAACGCGGAACACAAAGAACAGAUCUGGAAAAGAGUGGCAAAGGAAUUAAAUGUCGAAGGUCAAGAGGAAGAGUGCAAGAAAAAAUGGAAUGGCAUUCGAGACAGCCUUCGAAGAUCUCGACAAAAAACUAAAACAAAAUCUGGUCAGGCGGCAACAUCUAAAGCCAAGUACAAGUACGAAUCCAUGCUCGAAUUCUUGAUUCCUUUCAUCGGUGACCGCAAAACAUUAAGUAACGUCCCAGAUGAAGAGGGCGAUUUGUCUACAACUAAUGACGAUUCACAACUGCCGAAUUUCCCCGAGGACAUGCAGGAAACACAGCAAACACUAGAUGGUGGCUACGCAGAUGAAUCCGAAAUCCAAGAACCCUUACAAGCACCCCCACCCACAACUCCAGCCAGUCGACCUUCAGUUGUAAAGAAAAAUGCACUUCCAAAUCGUAAAAGGAAGCACCCCAACAUACAAUUAAAAACUCAACAGUCUGCGUCAUCUCAGCUGAUGGCGUAUAUAUUGGCCGAAAAAGAAGCUGAAAACCCCAGUCAACAAUCUGCUGAAAAACAUCCUGUUGAUGCGUUUUUAGCAGGAAUCGCUCCAUCCCUAAAAGCUCUGGAUCCCGCUCUCCAAAUCUCAGCGAAAGGGAAGAUUUUUAAUAUAGUACAGGAGUGCGAACUGGAGCAGCUUCGUAUCAACAAUGAACGAAGAACCGCCUUGACCUAUUUAUCAUCAGACGAGGCAUCCGCUAGUUCAACACCUUCGCACGUAGGUGGACCGUGGAUGGAGAGGAAUUUGUAUCAAAAUCAGGUUCCCACUGGAUCAAACCAACCGAACAUCUCCGAAGAUCAAGAAAGAAAUCCUCUGUAUUCACUUACAGACAUUUAUUGAUAUAAUAACCUUGUAAGAUUUCUCAGUUUACAUAUAGUAUAUAAGUUUACAUCUAUUAUGUAACUUUUAAGUCAAAAAGAUUUUUUUUCGUAUUUUCUCUUUCUUUUUACAAGACAUAAAUCGUGUUUAUUCUCAUU